ACAAACGACGUAAAAGGAUAAUAGCGCCGUCCAACGGUUGGUUGGGCCAAGUAAAGGUAUAUAGUCAGAGACCCCCGGAAAGUUCUAGUAGGCCCCUCUGGAAUCCUAUAGGUCCCUUCGUUGAUUGCUGAUCUAAAAUACUUGGAGAAUCUCUUGAAGAAAAACUGAAGUUCCUUCAGGAAAAAUAAAGCAGGAAACAGCCUCCCAAUCCUGUCUCAGACUAUUGAAGACGGAGAAAAAUGCGGUGACGAGGAAAGCUGAAAAAACAGCUACAACAGUAUUUAUCGGGCGGUAGGCUACGUGGUCGUGGGAAUAUAUAUCAAGGUGUAUUAUGCCCUAUCCAAUCUGUGGUGGACCUAAGAGAGAGCACCAGAGGGGAGAGUGAGGGGUGCUGGGAAGCACACUCACACUGCUUCCUCCUUGCACCUGCUGCAUCAUGGGUAACGUCGGUGGAAAGGACGGCCAUGGCCCUACAGGUUCCCUACAUGAACGGUCUCAUUUAGAUCUGUUCCAAACUCCUCCCUCUUCCCUCUCUGAUUCUGACCUGGCUCCAGCCGCGGCUCAGCUGCUGCAGCAGGGGACACCGUCCUCCGGGGCCACCCGGGGCAUCGUCUGCCAGGGUGGAGCCUCCCCCAUUUCCAAAUGGAGACACACACUGUCCGUCCCCCCAGAAUGUGCCGUGAUUAGCGUGGAAAGCAGUGUGUCUCCGCAGGGGACUGGGAUUGAGAUGGAAGGUGGAAGGCAGACAGUACGGUGCUCUAACAGCCACACCAGCAGCCCUGUGUCUCCAGGCCAGCAGCCUCAGUUUGAGGGUAGCCCUUUGGAGCAUAGCUGGCAGGAGCGGGACAGUGGGAUGGAGCCCCAUGCAAGGCCAGAGCGAGCUGGGGAGGAGAUGGCCCUGGCACUGUUUAGCCUUUUGGAACAUCACAGGUCUGCACUGGAGCUCAGUCCGGGCCUGGACGCACCAGCAGGAGCAGCCGAGCUGCUGAGGCUGUUGCUGGUGGAGAGAGAGGAGCUGGUCGAGGAGGUGCGCAAUUUGAAGGACACACUGAGGACUGAGCGAGCUGAGUGGCUCCAGUUCCAGUGUGAUCUACAGGUGGCAGUGUCUGUGGCCGACCGGCUGCGCGUGGAAGCGGAAGAGACUCUAGGCACGCUCAGAGAGAGCCAUGGGAAUGUGGCGGGCCAGCUGGACCAGGCCCAGUGCAGACAGCAGGACACGGACAGGGAGCUGGAGAGCCUGAGAGCUGAACACAGAGAGGCCUGUCACAGAUUGUCUGCUCUCACCAUGGAGCACCAACAGACUAGGGCUGAGCUGGACACACGGAGACACACGCUCAGGGAGAGCGAGAGGGACUCACUGAGGGAAAGAGAGAAGGACUCACACAGAGAGAUAGAGGGAAGAGACACGGAGGAGAGGCCGGAGGGAGAAGACACUAGUGAAGACAUAAGCACGAUGGAGGCACUGGAUGGGAAGAAAAGAGAGGAUUCAGAAAGAGAAGUGGAAGGAGAGAAAAGGGUGAAGAGUGAGGGAGAGGAUGUUAACAUGGGAGGGCAGUUUCCAAAGGAGCUUGUUAGAGGAGGGGAGAACUUGCUCAAAGUGAAGGGGGUGGCGGCGGCAUACCUACGGAAUUUGGCAGCUGGGGAGAAGGGGUGUGGCUUGAGAGAUUCACCGAGGAUUGUGGUGAUGUCAGAGCGUUCCAGGAGCCUCUCUCGACUUCCCCUGCCCACUGACUCUCUCCCUGCACAGAAUGGUAGCUCCCAGACCACUACCAGUACAACACUGCCUCUCUGCAAGAAAGAAGAGCCAGCCAAAGGGAAAAGGAUGGACCGCAUACUGCAACGACAGGACAGCUGGUCCAGCUUCUAUACAAUUACCGUGCUCUUGACUAAUUGCUCAUGUCUGGCAGAAAAACAGGAGGAGGACCAGAACGCAGACCCAUUGUUCAGACCUCAGGAUGGUUUCAGCAUGCUGCUGCGACGUCAUGGAGGCUCCAGGCGGAACUCACUCCUGCGUUGGUGUCAAAGCCGCACCCAGGGCUAUAAGAAUAUUGAGAUCACCAACUUCAGUAGCAGUUGGGAGGAUGGUCUGGCUUUCUGUGCUGUGUACCACACCUAUCUGCCCACACACAUCCCCUACAGUAGUCUCAGCACAGGAGACAAGAGCGAGAACCUGGAUCUAGCCUUCCAGACAGGGGAGAGUGUUGGAAUCCCAGCCACUUUGGUGAGACCCACAUUUAAACUAACUGGGCUAACUACUGGGAAUUUCACCUGCAUAUUACUCGUACUAACACGUCACCAUGAACAUGGAACACAGCUGUUGGGAAAAUACGACCGUGGAGGAGAUGCUGAGACCAGGUGGGCCCGACUGGCAGAGGGUCCUGGGGUAUGUUGAAAACAUGUUUCGUCACUUUGAGAUGUAAGGUAAUUUCCCUUCUGGGUUCCAUACCAAACACUACGUCUAACUGGUCUGCCACCACCAGUCUGCUUAUUUUUGUUGCAUCAUGAACUGGACUCUGAGUGAUAUACCACUAGGGGGAUUAGGACUACUGUUGGAACGGAAUUCUGCUUCAGCCUCACUCUUUGUGAAAAGAGGCUCCUGCUGCUGGCCAUUGGUUGUAGGUGCACUGUGGAUGGAGCUACUGUGAACUGGGUCGAUCUUGAUUUCAGAAAGCGCUGACCAUGGGGGUUUUGGGCUGAGAGCUGUUUUUUUUUGGUAAAUACAAAGUGAUUGCACUGAAUGAGGAGCCAUUGGAAAUGACCACAAGGAGCACCAUAAAUUAGGAAAUUGUGGAUAUGGGAAGGAUGUUACUAUUUGCACCAGGAAAAAUUAACAAUGACUUCAAGUUCAUCACUUAGGGUUCUACUGCUGUUCACUCUGUUGUGCACUUAUUUGGAUGCCUUUAAAUUUUUAUCAACAAUAUGAAGUCUGUCACAAGUUUUUAACUGGAAGAUUUGAAUGUUAUAGACACGCUCUCCCCAUGUAUCUGAUUUUAUACCCUUAGAAAACUCUAUCCCGUUGUGAUAUUAAUGUAGCCAGAAGUAGUAUUUUAAUGUCUGUAUACACCCCAAUUCAAAGCAGAAAAAAGGUCCGGACAACUUGAAUGAGUUCAUUCAAUGGCAUUGUGUGCAUCACAAAUGCGAUCAACCAAGAGUGACUGCCUUUGAAAAAUGUGUGUACUGUGCUGUCUAGCUAGUAAUAUUUUUAAUGUAUGUUUUGUUUGUAAAAAAAUUUAAGUAAAUGUUUUAAAUGUAGUAUGCAAACAGAAGUGCCAUAGGGUGGACUAUCCAACAGAGGGACUUGUCUCCUGUUAUGGAGUAUGGGAAUGAACUGUGUCAUGAGGUUUUGUCUGAUAAUAGGAGCAACAAUGAGGCCAUAUAAGUACUGGAUCCUACAAUGUUUGCUUGUCUUUGUGAUUGAGGGAGAAUGUGAGAAAUAAGAGUGAUGUAUUGUAUGUGUCUCAAGUAUAAAUUGAGACACAGGGGCCCUCCCUAAACAGUUUUACUGUGACAAUGGUAAUGUACGAGAAUGAUAAAUGACUAACAGUUGCCAAAGCGUUACUGCCAUAAUAAAGGUUGUUUUAAUCUGUU